AGACCCGUCGAAAAAAUCUGGACCUAUAAAUGCGAAGGCGACAAAUGCGUUCGAUAUCAUUAUCUCAGCAUGCCGAAAGGCGAAAAACGAGUGCCUUUUAUGACCUGUUCAAUGACAUGUGGUGACAUAAACAUUUGGCCACGUCCUACCAUUAAAACAGGUGUUAGCUCUAAGUCUCUUACCUUUUCCAUGGAUGAUAUAGAAUUACGUCUCGACACACCCUAUGCACAAGUCGAAACACAUUUCCGUCAAUCGUUUGAAUUGUUUCUCAAAGAUCUAAGACGUAUACAACGGCUAGAUUUUGCCGAACAUACACCAGAAGUUGGUGAAAAGGGUACAGCUAAUAUGGAUGGAAAUAGUGUCGAUAAUACAUUUGAAGCAAAAACUAAACAACAACAGAGACGUUAUGCCGAUGCGGGACAACAUGAAUCGCAUCGUUUAAGAGGUGAGAAUAUAGCGGCUGCAUCGAUAUUGGCCAAUGCCUUUGGUUUGCGCAAACACAGUGAUAUAGAAAAGUUGACGGUAAAUGUGGCCAUACAUAAGUUUGCUGAUAUAAAUUUGAAUUUCGAGACCGAUGAAAGUUAUCAGCUAACGGCCAAUUUUGAAAAGCGUCACUAUAAUGUACAAAUAACAGCCAAUUCAUUCUUCGGUGCCCGCCAUGCCUUGAGCACAUUACAACAACUUAUUUGGUUUGAUGAUGACGAGAGCCAGUUGCGUAUACUGUCCAAAGUUGUGGUCAUCGAUGCUCCUAAAUUUAGAUAUCGCGGCCUUAUGUUGGACACUUCAAGACAUUAUUUCUCAGUAGAAUCUAUCAAACGAACCAUUGCUGCCAUGUCAUAUUCUAAACUUAAUCGUUUCCAUUGGCACAUAACCGAUUCACAAAGUUUUCCUUACAUUUCGAAACAUUAUCCCGAAUUGGCGGCCCAUGGUGCUUACUCCGAUAGAGAAACGUACACGGAUGCCGAUGUACGUGAUAUUACAGCAUUUGCAAAAUUACAUGGUAUACAAGUGAUACCGGAAAUCGAUGCUCCAGCUCAUGCGGGCAAUGGUUGGGAUUGGGGUCCCAAGCGUGGCAUGGGCGAGUUAAGUUUGUGUAUAAAUCAACAACCUUGGAGUUUUUAUUGUGGUGAACCUCCUUGUGGCCAACUUAAUCCUAAGAAUAAUAAUACAUUUUUAAUUUUACAACGUCUCUACGAAGAGUUGUUGAACUCAACGGGACCCACCGACUAUUUCCACUUGGGUGGCGAUGAGGUGAAUUUAGAAUGUUGGGCUCAGUAUUUUAACGACACCGACUUGAGAGGCUUAUGGUGUGACUUCAUGUUAAAUGCCAUGGCUCGUUUAAAAAUAGCUAAUAAUAAUGUAGAACCAAAAAUUGUCUCCGUUUGGUCGAGUGGUUUAACAAAUACCCGCUGCCUUCCUAAAACCCAAUUUGCUGUUCAGGUUUGGGGUGGCAGUACUUGGCAGGAGAAUUAUGAUUUACUAGAUAAUGGUUUUAAUGUUAUAUUUUCACACGUCGAUGCCUGGUACUUAGAUUGUGGCUUUGGUAAUUGGAGAGCUACAGGUGAUGCUGCCUGUUCGCCGUAUCGUACUUGGCAAAAUGUUUACAAACACCGUCCUUGGGAGCGUAUGCGUUUAGAUAAAACCAGAAGAAAACAGUUAUUAAUACCCGCAACAACUAGUUGA